AUGGAGGCUGGGGAGCUGCCCGUGGAGGUGAUCACUCACAUCCUGAAUUUCCUGCCCAUCCCUGACAGGAAAGAGGCCUCUCUGGUGAACCGAAGCUGGUAUUUUGCAGCGCAAGACUCCUUGCGGCAGCACCAGCCUCGCUUGGCCACGCUGGACCUGAGCGGCUGCUCUGAGCUAACCAACCGGGCCGUCCUGGCCCUCUGCUCCCGCCUCCCGGACCUUCGGUGCCUGAGGCUGGGGAAGCUCCUGCGGGUCACUGACGCCGGCUUCCAGGGGGUGUCACACCUGAGGCGCCUCCAAAGCCUGGACGUGUCCGAGUGCAGCCUGGUCAGCUCCAGUGAGCUGGUGAAAGCCCUCGGGACUAUUGAGUGGCGGCCUCAGCUGGUCUCGCUGAAUGUUGCCUUCUGCGCUUUGCUGAGAGACAGUUCUGUCAUCUCGCUGGCUGGCGCUCUCAACAGAAGCCUCCGGGUUCUGGAUCUCUCCUCCUGUACGUCCAUCACCAACCGAAGCGUCCAAGCCAUCUCUACCCACCUCUCCAACUUGAUCGUCCUGCGUUUAGCCUGGUGCAAGGAACUGACGGAUUGGGGCCUGCUGGGGGUUGAGCAGCCCAGAGAGGCAAAUGAUAACUCCAGGGAGAAGGAUGCUGGUCCGAAGUUCAGCAGGAAUUUUGGGAACAUGGGAUUCUUCCUGCCGCCUCCACAGGAUCUGGAGCCGGACGCCCCGAUCCUCGUCGACCUCACGAAGCAGGAGGGCCAGCAGAAGCACCGGGCCUCCUUGAACGCCCUAAGCCACCUGCAAGAGCUUGACCUGACAGCCUGCGGGAAGCUGACGGACACGAGCAUAGCCAAGGUCAUCGCCUUCCCGGAGCUCCGCCGCCUGUCCCUCAGCCUGGUGCCCAACAUCACCGACACGAGUCUCACAGCUGUCACCCGUCACUGCCGCAGCCUGGAGCACCUCUCGCUAAGCCACUGCGUGAACCUGACCGACAGAGGGUUCGCGGAGGCAGCCGGCACCCUGCCCAGGCUUCAGCACCUCGUCCUUUCUGGCUGCAACCAGCUCACUCUACAGACCCUGAAGGCCGUCGGUCAGGAGUGCCGGCAACUGAAGUCCGUGGACAUCUCCAUGUGCAGCGGGAUCAGCAUGGCCGACGUCGAACACUUCCAGUCACGCCUCCCCCUGCAGACGAGUGUUCACUCCCGGUUCGUGGGCGGAGCAGACCUUUCCGUCACUCUCUGA